GAAAGAGCCCAGUCUACAAUGAUGAAUGCUGACAUGGAUGCUGUUGAGGCUGAGAAUCAGGUGGAAUUAGAAGAGAAAACACGGCUUAUUAAUCAAGUUUUGGAACUGCAGCACACACUUGAAGAUCUCUCAGCACGAGUAGAUGCUGUUAAGGAAGAAAACUUGAAACUGAAAUCAGAAAACCAAGUUCUUGGACAGUAUAUAGAGAAUCUGAUGUCAGCAUCUAGUGUUUUCCAAACAACUGACACAAAAAGCAAAAGGAAGUAAGGGUUGACACACAGAUGAUGUCAUUGUAUUGCUGCUGUCUUUUUUUUUGUUUCAAUUGGCAUAGGCUACAUGAGCUGAAAUACCUUAGUUUGUGGCUUUACUGGAUACUGGAAGAUUAUAAACUUUGGUGGUAAACAGAAUUAAGAACAUUAUCAUGAACAGGAGACGCAAGUCUGUGUAUUGUUAAGAUUAAGCAAUGUGCAAAUGUAGUGUAGAGACUUACUAAACUUUCAUAUUUGUUUUAAAAAUGAGCAUAUCUUGUUAAAAAUUGGAUUCCAUUUGUCAGGUUAAAAGUCUGUUGGCGCUCUGAGGUCGUAGGGUAGUGUUCUUGACUAGCAAAAUAAUA